AUGGUGGCUACUGUUGAGGUGUGCGAGCCAAGGAUGCCGUCAUGGAUGAUGGUUGAACCCAUGAACUACACCGAGGAUAUCAUUCUUCACCGUGUUUUCGGUGGCUCAAUAUUCACCUUUGGUGGGGUGAAAGGUGAAGCGGAUACAAUCUUGGAUGUGUUCUUUUCUCCACUUGCUAAAGUCAAAGAUGACAAACCAAAUGACUUAAUAGAGUUGGAAGAUACCCAAAUUCACCGUCAUCCUGAAUCUUCUUUGUAA